AUGGCUAUUGUGAAUAACCAUCCUGAAGAAACUCGUGAAGCUCUCUUAAAAACCGACCCUAAACUCUCAACAAAAGAAGUAAUUCUUGACGAUAAAUACGCAUCUGUUGCAUCUGAAUCCUCAAUUCAGACCACAAAAGCAAGUCUAGAAGCAAAAAAUCAUGAAGUCACAAUUCUUGAAACAAAAGAGGAAGCAUUUGAAUUUUUGAAAACCUUAAUUCCUAAAGGAAGUUCUAUCAAUAAUGGUCAUUCUACUACAUUAGAAGAAAUCGGAUUCAUCGAUUAUUUAAAGAAUGCUACAGAAUGGGAUAAUGUUCAUGCUCAGAUUUUAGCGGAGAAAGAUAUGGCCAAACAGUUUGAGUUAAGGAGAACUAAAGGUUAUACAGUAGACUAUUAUUUGUCUUCUGCUGAUGCUAUUACUGAGGAUGGAAUAAUCGUCGGAUGUGAUUUGUCAGGAACUCGUGUUGGAGCUUGGAAUUCGGCAGCCGGGAAACUCAUUAUCAUCGCUGGUACAAAUAAAAUUGUUAAAAAUGAACAAGAAGCUAAUGAACGUGUAUAUAACUAUGUACUUAAAUUAGAAUCAGCACGUGUUAGAUUAGCAUAUAAAAUCCCUGCUAGUAAUGUUACAAAUUAUUCCGUUAUUAAAACUGGUAAUCCUUUUAAUCCUAAACGUGUUCAUGUUGUAUUGAUUAAGGAGUCCUUAGGGUUCUAA